AUGAACUUCGUUACGUUCAAUCAGGACCACAGCCACCUCGGCGUCGGCACCACCAAAGGAUACCGCAUCUACACCACCGACCCGUUUAACAAGUACUCGGAAUCGCGAGAAGGAGAUGUUUCCAGUCUAGAGAUGCUCUUCUCGACCUCGCUGGUCGCUCUCACACUGUCGCCGCGGGUUCUGCGGAUACAGAACACCAAGAGGCAUUCGACAAUAUGCGAGAUGACCUUCCGCACAGCGAUACUGGCAAUGCGACUGAAUAGGAAGCGGCUUGUAGUCGUGCUGGAAUCGGAGCUGUACAUCUACGACAUCAGCAACAUGCAGAUGCUGAAGACGGAGAAGACGUCGCCGAAUCCCAACGCAAUAUGCGCCCUGUCGGCUUCCUCCGAGAAUAACUACCUUGUCUAUCCCCUCCCUACCAAAGCCGCGCCUGCUUCCUUCCAACCGCCUUCGCACGCCCCGCCGAAAUCCGAACACAUUGCUCCUACCAGCGGCGAAGUUCUCAUAUACGAUGCGACCAAGAUGGAGGCGGUAAACGUAAUAGAGGCACACAAUUCGCCGCUGUCGUGUAUUGCGCUGAACAACGAUGGCACGCUGUUGGCGACGGCAUCCGAGAAGGGCACCAUAAUACGCGUCUUCUCCAUUCCGGAUGCGCAGAAGCUCUACCAGUUCCGGAGGGGGUCAAUACCUGCGAGGAUAUACAGCAUGUCGUUCAACUCUACCUCUACCCUGCUCUGCGUGUCGUCGGCCACGGAGACGGUCCACAUCUUCCGGCUUGGAACCCCCAAUGCAGGUCGAAGCAACAGCGUAUCCUCAUUAUCCAAUAGGCCAUCAUCGUCAUCCCGGGAGCGCAGCAGCAGUCGUGCCAGCGAGGAAACAGCGGAUGACUACGAAGACAGCAUGGCAGAGAGCUCGGCGCCAGAGCGGAAACCUUUAAACCCGACAUUUGCAAGCAUGAUUCGGCGGACAUCGCAGAACGUCGGCAAGUCUUUUGCAGCUACCGUGGGGGGCUAUCUUCCAAGCGCCGUAGCCGAGAUCUGGGAGCCCGCACGAGAUUUCGCCUGGGUCAAGAUACCCCGUUCGCCUAGCAGCUCCUCCACCGGGCCGGUGCGGACAGUAGUCGCUCUGAGCAACAAUGGGCCGCAAGUCAUGGUGGUCACAAGCGAAGGCAACUACUAUGUCUUCAAUGUGGACCUCGAGAAGGGAGGAGAGGGGACGCUGUUCAAGCAGUACUCGCUUUUGGAGCCUAACGAGCUCAACACUAGCACAUCUCAGGAUCUCCCCGACUAG